AUAAGCCAAAAAGAAAAAGACUGGAUCGUUAUUCUGAGCAUUCCCUCUCUCAUCUUUCCUGUGGCGCCAACUCUCUUCCGGUCAAUCUCUGAGGAUUCCAAUCCGAACCCUUACAUCUUCUUAGCACAGCCACUCCCAAACGAUUCCAAUCCGAACCCAACUCCAAAUCUCAGAAAGCUCAGUGACAGUGAUGGCUUAUGACUGAAAAAAGUGAGGGGUUUUCAUAUUGAAUCCCCAGUUCUCAAUGGAAGAAGAACCUAAAUUGCAGAACUUGGAAGAAGACAACCCAAAAUCACAAAGCUUGGAAGAACAAGCCAAUAAAGCCCCGAGCUUGAAAGAAGGCUCCAUGUCACAGAGCUUAGAAGAAGACCCUACACCACAGAGCUUGAAAGAACAUAAAUUACAGAGCUUGGAAAAAGGAGACCCUAAAUCACAGAGUUUGAAAGAAGACUCUAAAUCACAGAACGUGGAAGAAGGAGACUCUAAAUCCCAGAGCUUGAAAGAAGACCCUAAAUCACUCCGCUUGGAAGAAAACCCUAAAUCACUCAGCUUGGAAGAAGACCCUAAAUCACCGAGCUUGGAAGGACGAGAUAAAAUUGCAUUCUCUGAAUUGAAUGAAAAUUCAUUGCAAUUCCUGGAUUCAAUAGACGGGUAUUUAACCCUAUUGGAUUCACUGUCCUGGACACUCCGGCAGGGGUGGUUGCAAUUAGCAAGUGCUCGACAUUCUAUGGGCGAGUCACGCGUGAGCAGUGCUUUGUUGGACCUGAAAUCCCACAAUGCAAGUACAUUUCUGCAAGUAACCCAGCAAUCUGAUACUGAAACAGAGCAAAUUCAUCAUUUUACAUUGCGCAAAUGGGCAUCCUCCGACAAUGACAAUGGAGCUCCACUUAUGAAUAUGAGUCCACAGAUACGACAACGAAAGGAUAAGGAUGGAUCUCCACCCCCACUUAAAGCUGAAACUGAUCACCAACAUCAACUUCAGAAGGAGCGGACUAAGUCACUGUUGAUGUUUGGUGGUUUGGUUUCGCCGAAGCUACGGGCAGCACAACUCUCAUUUGAAUCUGCACUUGACGCACUUGUAGAGAUUGCCAACAUGCGUUCUUUGAUGCUUUCCAUGUUUGAUAAGGUCAGGGAAGAAUUGGAGGCUGCCAAAGCCAAAUGACCUGUGAGCACCACCAAUUUCAAUCCUUCAAAUUUUCUUUUGCUUAAAUUGCUGAUUUUGAUCUUUACUACAGUUUAUCCAUCUAUUGUUUGGUAAGUUAACUGAAGCUCUUAAUUUCUUUCAUGCAUGAACUUCAAGAUUUACACUUUAGUUAUAUAUGUUUAGAAUUCAGUUGCAUGGAUUACGUGAUGAAAAUUUGAUGAUCGUUCACCAUGUAAUGUGAUGAUCGUUGGAUGACGGUUCCUGCUAGUGAUAACGCUAUUGUAAGGAAAUUAUGAUAAUACCAUUUUCCUUUCAAAAUG